AUGGCACCUCAGGUGGACACAGAUGCAAUCCCUGGCACGUUCACUUUAGUGGACUUGGAUCAUGUUGUGGCCACUCGUCAUGCUGAAGGAGACCGGGAUAUCGUCCUUGUGCCUGCACCUUCUGAUGAUCCGGAUGAUCCUCUAAAUUGGGCACCACGACGAAAACUACUAUCCACGAUUUGUGUCAGUGUAUACACUCUCUUCGCAGGUAUCUCGGCCUCGGUUGUUUAUUCAGUGCUUGUUCCUCUUUCUAAGGAGACUGGCGUUGCGAUCAACACUCUCAAUCAAGGCACAGGUUUCUUAUUCCUCCUUGCAGGCUGGGGCCUGCUGUUCUGGCAGCCUUUCGCAUUGCAAUAUGGGAAGCGGUUGACUCCCUACGUCCGUUCAAACGGGGAAUGGAUUGGUCGCAGCAUCGUUUCCGGCUUUUUCCUCGCUCCUAUCGAAGCUCUUCCAGAAGUGACAGUUACGGAUGUGUAUUUCACGCAUCAACGAGGGAGCUAUAUGGGGCUGUAUGCCUUCUUCUUAGCUGGUAGCAACUACUUUGCGCCGGUAAUUUGCGGAUUCAUCGCCCAGUACCAGGGUUGGGAAUGGGUUUUCUACUGGCCAGCCAUAUUCUGCGCGAUUGCCAUUGUGUUUCUCUUUUUCUUCAUGGAGGAGACAAACUAUACGCGGGUGUAUAACGAAACAACUAGUGCCAACGAUUCCAUGGAGUCAUCAAAGACGACAUCCGAGAAUGAAGAUCAGGAGAAGCGGCUGCCUUCCAUUACACAGCCUUCAGAGGCCGAGUGUGGAGUGGUGUACAACAAGAAGACCUACAUUCAGAAGUUGGCUAUUAUUGGGCCGCGCCAGACCCGGAAUAACAUGUUCAGACGGUUCUAUCAGACGCUAUAUUAUCUCAGUUGGCCGGUGAUAUUCUAUGCGGGAUUCUCCUACGGCUCAUAUCUGAUUUGGUUUAACGUGCUGAACGCCACGGCGUCUCUCGUCCUGGCAUCGCCACCGUAUAAUUUCAGCUCAUCAAUGGUUGGACUAAGCUAUAUCGCAUGCUGCUUGGGGGUCAUUGCCGGAUCUCUUUUCACAGGUAGAUUCAGUGACUGGCUAACUAUAAAGCUGGCACGACGCAACGGUGGCGUGAUGGAGGCUGAGCAGCGCCUUUGGCCAUCUCUAGCAUGUCUGAUACUCGUCCCCGGGUCCUUGCUGCUCUGGGGCAUUGGUGCUGCCCAUGGGAUUCAUUGGUUCGGACUAUUGGUUGGGAUGUGUCUUCUUGCGCUCACCAGUGCCUGUGGAGUCACGCUCAGCGUGAAUUAUCUCGUUGACAGCUAUAGGGAGCUGAGUGGCGAUGCGAUGGCUAGCGUGAUGCUGGUGCGCAAUACCAUGUCAUUCGCCAUUGGUUAUGGGAUUACACCCUGGGUACAAAACAUGGGGUACCAAAAUUGCUUCAUAUCCGCCGCGUUUGUUGGACUUGCUAUCUCCGCCGUGUUUCUCGCGAUGGUCAAAUGGGGGAAGAUGUUUCGAACUCGCAGCCGGGAGAAGUAUUGGAGCAUUGUGCGAGAGAACCAGGAGAGGGGCAUGGGGCACUGA